AUGAGGCACGCGUUUAACGACAUCGAAGAAGAGGAUACGGGAGGCUAUAUCGUCAACCUGUUAAAUUAUUAUCGUGGUGCAGUAAAAAAUGGAACGCUACAAUAUCACACGUCGAAAAAAAUCGUGGCGGUGAGGGGUGAGCCGCAUGGUAAGCGUCAAAAUCAUGACAAAGAGCGCGCUACUCAACGCCACGGGAUAAGACGUCGAGUCGAUACCUCGCCUGAGGCUGGACCCUCGCCUCGCAAUCGAAUUAUUCUUACGACGGAGCUUGUCGAUCUUGCGAGCAACGAAUUGGCGAGUCAACUGUCGCCGUCUCCUCGCAAAGUGAGCUCAUUCGAUGAAGAAAAAAUAUUCAAUCCUUUAUACAAUAACGACCGGAACAGUCAACAGAGAGAAAUAUUACCCGAGACUGACGAAGAUGACGAAGAGGAAGAGCAGGAAGACAAAGAAGAAAAGCAGGAGGAGGAAGAGCAGGAAGAGGAAUUACAGGCUGAGGAAGAGGAGAGGAAUUAUGAAGGAGGGGAUGAGUGCGAUGAGGAAAGCCAGGAGCAAGACGGAUGGGGAAUGGUUCAAACAGGUAGAGGUAGAGAAAAGUCGGAGGAAACUCAGUCGAGCGAGGAAUCGACUAGCGAAACCGACGAUUUUGAAAGUGCGCCGUAG